AUGGCGGCGACGGACACAGCAGUGUCAGCAGUCAUCACUCGAGCAGACACAAAAGACCAAAAUUCUGUCGUUCGUCAUCGUAUGUUACAGCUGCUUCAGCCUUUUCCGUUUUCUACUUACGCGUGUCUCCGUUUUACAGUCGGUCAUCGUCCAGAAGCAGCGUCGCCGGAAGUUCGCUAUCAGCCGGUUCUCACGCUUCCGGCUCUGGUCCUAGUUCCCGUUUUCGUUCUUCUGGUUCAGCUUCAGACUCUGGCCGCGGUUCUGACCAUCGUCGUCGUUCGCGCUCCCGCUCCGGGCGACGAAAGUCACGUCGAGAAGUCGUCGCAUGAGCGAGCGUGCGUGUUCGGAUUCGGUUAG